AUGCAUGCUCUUGGCUUUGAACAAAGGUGGACAGGCCUAGUUAUGCAGUGUGUAUCUACAGUUUCUUUUUCAGUCCUUGUCAAUGGCAGCCCGAAAGGUCCUUUCUAUCCAUCUAGAGGAAUUAGGCAAGGGGAUCCCUUAUCCCCUUACUUGUUCCUCUUGUGUACUGAAGGAUUGAUUAACCUAUUAAGAAGAAACGCUGAACCAGGCAAGAUUGAAGGGGUACGAAUCUGUAGAGGGGCUCCUCGUGUAAACCAUCUUUUAUUUGCGGAUGAUAGUGUAAUUUUCUGCCAAGCUGAUGGCCCCACUAAUGAAAAAAUUUUAUCUCUGCUGGAGGUGUAUGAGAAAGCCUCAGGUCAGUGCAUAAAUAAGGAAAAGACAGCGAUGGUUUUUAGUAAGAAUGUGGGGGAAGAGGUGAAAGCUAACAUUAUGUCAAAGUGGGGAGGAAGCAACACUCAGCAAUUUGAGAAGUAUUUGGGGCUUCCUCCCAUGGUGGGGAGAUCUAAACAAAGAGCAUUUGCAGGCAUAAAGCAACGACUGUGGCAGAAAAUCCAGAUGUGGAAGGGCAAUAUGCUUUCUCAAGGGGGAAAGGAAGUUUUAUUGAAAGCAGUAGCAAUGUCAAUUCCGACAUAUGCAAUGAGCUGCUAUUUAUUCCCUAAGUCCUUAUGUCAUGAAAUGGAAAUGAUGAUGGCCAGAUUUUGGUGGAGUAACCAGUCUCGGGAGAAGAAAAUUCACUGGGUGGGAUGGCAAAAACUGAGUAUAUCAAAGUUUAGAGGGGGAUUGGGGUUUAAAAAUCUGCAUGAUUUCAACAUGGCCCUCCUAGCAAAACAAGGUUGGUGCUUGCUCACGAAUUGUAACUCUCUCCUUUUUAAGAUGUUCAAAGCAAAGUAUUUUCCAAAAUGCUCCUUGUUUGAAGCAAAAAUUGGUUUUAAUUCCUCAUAUGUCUGGAAGGGGAUUCAUAGUGCCUUGGAUUUGUUAAAAUCGGGUUGUGCAAGGAGAGUGGGUAAUGGGGCAGCAAUCAGUGUUUUCAAGGACCAAUGGAUACCUGGAAUUAUACCCUCUGAAUUACAAAGUGGGCUCCAUGCCCCGAGCCAGUCGAAUCUGAAAGUGGAAGAACUAAUGGACAAUGGCACGGGCUGGUGGAAUGUUGAAAAACUAAGAACUCUCUUCAAUCCAAGAACAGUUUCCCAGAUUUUAAAGAUUAUUAUUGCUCCCAGUCAUGUAGAUUCUUGGUAUUGGUUGGAUGAAAAGAACGGCUUUUAUUCAGUCCGAAGUGGAUAUAGAAAGCUUCAGUUGGCAAGUGUACAAAACACAGGAGAGGGAUCCCGGGACCAACAAAUUGUCCCCUUUUGGAAGUGCCUUUGGAAGCUGAAAAUUCCUCUCAAAAUGAAGUUGUUUACAUGGAAAGCCUUUUUGGAUAUCCUUCCUACUUAUCAGAAUCUAAUGAAGAAGAAAAUCCUGGAGUCUGAAAUUUGCAUUUUCUGUCAUUUAUGUAGGGAGGAUGCUGCACAUGCUUUACUCUACUGUCCUGAUAUUUACCCUUUAUGUGUUCAGUUUCAACCUUUACUAGGGGAGAUAGGCUGUGGGAAACCUUUUUGGGAGGUUAUUCUUGAAGUGAAGAACAAGGGAAACGAAGAGGAUCUCAUGAAGUUUAUAGCGAUGGCUUGGGGCCUUUGGUAUAAAAGGAACAAAUUUAUAUAUGAUAAUUCUUCUCUACAGUUUUCCUCUGUUUUAUCCACAGCCCUAUCAAUGCAAUCAGAAUUCAAACAAGUGCAGAUCCUCAACAAGGGCAACCGAGAACUUCCAAAGGUUCUCAGCUGGAAACCCCCUCCUGAAGGUAGCCUCAAGAUUAAUAUAGAUGGGGCCAUUUUUGACGACUUUAACAAAGCUGGAGUUGGGGUGGUCCUGAGGGACCAAGCUGGACGUGUACUGGUGGCCUGCAGCAAGAGCGAGCCUGCUGUUCCUAAUCCUGAAAUUAUUGAAGCUACGGCAAUGCUGAGGGGACUUCAAUUCGGACUGCAGUGGGGAACUUCUAAAGUCUUGAUGGAAACCGACUGCUUGUUUCUAGUGAAAGCUCUAAAUUCCCAUUCAGAGAACCUAACCGAAUUUGCAUAUGUUUUGGCUGAAAUUAAAAGACUCAUGCUAUAUUUCCAGGAAAUUUCUUUUGUGCAUGUUAGCAGACAGGGAAACAACGUGGCUCAUUGCUUAGCAAAGUAUGCUAGGAAUGUUGAUGAUGUAAUUACAUGGUGGGAUGAAUGUCCUUCUUUUGUUUCUCAAGCUGUUUGGCUUGAUAGGCAUAUGCUUGUAAGGACUUGA